CACAGCCACUCGACCUGAAGAGAGCACUGGUGUGGAUUUCAAUGUUGCUUUUCCAGAGAACAUCGCCUUUUAUCAUCCGGAUCCGCCCCUGAACAGUGUCAAAAUCACUGCCUUGUAUGAUAGUACAGCGGUCACCAUCACAUGGUACGAUGACACAGUUUUCAUAGCACCGUUAACAAUGGCUGCAGGAGACAUUCGAGAAUUUCCAGGUUAUGGACAGAUAGCUUUUCAACAACUGGAGCUCCGGAAAAAUCUAGAAAUCGCCAACUCAACGAUCAAAAUUACCAGCACCAAGACAAUCAUCGUCCAUGUUCUCAACUUUAAAAACAACAGCAUGCAGACUACUCUCGUUACACCGACUGACAAACUGGGAAUAAAGUACCUCAUCCCACCAGUACCCACGAUCGAGGGAACCACUCACCCCACAGACAUGGUCACGAUGGCUGUAACUGAAAGACAGCCAUUCAGACUUGUUAUCGUCAAUGCUGGCGAGGCAAACACGGUAACUAUUCAGGGUGCCGACACAAAGGACGUCACGCUUGAGCCCCACCAGAUUGCUCAGAUCUAUUUAACAGCUGACGGGACAGAGCAAACUGUGACAGCCGUGAAUCCGAUUGCAGUCCUCUUUGGUCACCCUUGCGCCAUCCGGCAUAACUGCACCUGUGGGCUGCUGUACACCACGCUGCCACCAGCCAAAGCAGAGAAGCAGAAGUUCUACAUUCCUCCUAUUCUGGCCAAGGACGCUGAAGACAAAACAUUCAUACUUGUGUCAGAGGCAGGAUCCACCGAAACAGAGCCCUUCAGUACCAAGACGCACUUUGUCGAGGCAGCUGGCACUGCCAUCCUGUACCGCCCGGGCUUACUCCUCUCUCUGAUCCCAGAGACGGAUUUCGGUGCCUGUUUUGUAGUCAACAUGAUCGCUGAAGCAAAGAACUCUGCUGUGAUUGUGGUCCACAAGGAUCUCACUGACAUGGUCCAUCUUGGAAGUCUUCCUUUGCCACGUCGAGAUUGGGAGCCAGUGGAAGGGACAGACUAUGUCUCGACAUCUGUUGAUCUGAUGCGGGACAAGAAUGUCUUCUGGCACUCUUCCUCCAAAAUGGCUGUCUACCAUGUAGGAAGUAAAGAAGGUGCUCUGUUUGGGAACCCAGCACCCGUCAUCAGUAAAUCCCCAGAUUUCAGGGGUUGUGCCAUGACUCCAGAGGCCAUAAAAAUUGGAGAAGUGGCAGAUGGCUGGCGUGAAUCCCUGGAGUACUGCAAAGGACACGAUAUGCAGCUAGUCAGCCUCCCCCAAGCCCAGUUACAGAUACAGGUCGCCAACAAAAUAAUGCAGAUGAAGAACGACACCCUGAAGGAAGUGUGGAUUGGCAUGCGUCGGAGCUCCUACACUGGGGAGUGGUACUGGCUGAACAAGAAGCCAGUCAACGACACCAACUGGGCAGAAGACGAGCCGGGCACGGUGCACGAUGGCCAGUGUGCUAUCAUGAGUCUGGAUAGGACGAAGAACUUUGGCUGGAGUGACGAUGACUGCUGUAAGGAUGCCCACCCCGUCUGCUACCGCAGCCCCAUCCUUUUUCCUGUGUAGUGGGUCAUCUUGUUCCCCCUCAUUGAUUGAUGCAGUUGAUCUGAAAAUAGAUGAGUAAAUAUUAUAUAUCAGUUUACUCAGCCUCUACUACCAGGUUCAAGGUCCCAGUCACCACUGACCAUGUGGCAAUCCAUUGAAAGAAGCUUGCUUUAAAGCUAGCUACCUUGAAUUUCUUGAAGUUCUUUACUUUCAUGUAGUGCGACAUGUUUUUCUCAGUGGUGAAAUUUACCUCACUCUCUUAUUAUCAGCAAAAAGCUAAGUAAGUUAUAGUUGAACAACUUAAACUCCUCAUCCACCAAUGAGAUUCGAGCUUUACUGCUCGUCAUUCACUUUCCUGUAGCAUUCACAUGAAGCAAACAGACGUGCUGUAAAAGUAAAGAGUUAUAUCAUUUGGUCUAAACUGGCCUAAAACAAAAACUGCUGAUGUCACUGGGACCUAAAAUUACAUAAAACAUAAACCACAUUAAAUUUGAUGUUUGUAAGCUAGUCAAAUGAUUUGCGAUCAUGUUUUUUUUCUUGCUCAUAUUCUACCUGAAAGACUUUUAGAUGCAUUAACUUACACAGACGUUUCUCUUUGUGCUUUUUGAAUCAGAGCUGUUUUUUUUUUAAGUCAAAGCCUGUUCAGGAGGAUGUUGGAAAAACGACAGGAAUCAAACUAUUAGGAAAACUAUGGAAGUGUAGCAUUAGCUCUGAGGCUAGCUGUGGCUCUAAUCGUUUUGUAACGACGGCACAUGAGACAUUUAUCUGAUCGAAUGUCUGAUUCUGACUUUUGUUUUUUGGGUUUGUAGGGCACUGUACUUGCCGUUAAUGUAGCAGAUAUGAUUUAGUCAUAGCUUUAAAUAAGCGUGAUUGUUACUGAAUCAUUAAA